AUGGCCCCACGCACCUUUGGGGCGACAAAGUUCCGCAAUGCGGUGCCUGCCAUUCCGACCCGCGACGAGUGGUACCGCACCCACCUUCCCCCCGCCUCAUCUGCACCUCCCAACACUUCCACCUACUCGGGCCUCGUCAAGACCACGCGCAAUGUCGUAAUCACCCUCGCGCCGAACGGCGAUGCCAGCGUGCGGCCUUACUCUGCUAUUGGAGAGCACGAGGGCGAGGUAUGGACAGGCAAGAUUGGGCCAGUUGCGGACUGGGACGUCUCGCGCCUCGAGGACGCGGGGAUGCUCGUCGCGGGCAACGAUGGGACUGCGACGUAUUACUCUAUCACUGAUAAACUCGAGGCACGACACAGCUUCGGCCUUGAUGGAAAGGCCAGCUGCGUCCGCCUGCAUCCCACCACACCCGGCCUCGCGCUCGCAUCUACCAACGUCGUCGCGAUCUACGAUGUCGCCGCCUCAACCGCAGCCAUUACGCUCAACGCCCCGGCGCCCCUCUGGAGCGCAUCCUGGUCUCCUGAUGGCCGCCUUGUCGGCGGCGUGAGCAAGAAAGGACUCGCGUACGUCUGGGACGUACGCUCUGGCUCAGCCCCCACCCAAACCCGCGACCUCAGCUCUCUCCUGCAGGCGCUCAAACCCGUCCACACGGCGUAUGUCGGCAACGAACUAUUCGUUACCUCAUUCUCCCGCUCCCGUACCCGCCAGUACUCGCUCCUCAACGCUGACCUCUCGACGGCUUUCACCGCCGCCGUCGAUACGUCGCAGGGACCCCUGGUUCCCGUCGUCGACGAGGAGCGGCGUAUUGUCUACGUCUCGGGCCGUGGAGAUAUGACGCUGCGUCAGAUCGAGCUCUCCGGUCCACAGGGGUAUCAGGAGAUGCCGCAUCAUCUUCCGGCCCCGCUUACGGCCGGCGGCGCGGCGGCCGCGCACUGGUCCACCUUGCCCGUGAUGGAGGCACAGAUCGCCACGCUACUCCUCUCCACCACGGAUAAGGACGGAGACACUAUCUUGCCUCUCGGAAUCAAGGUACCUCGCCGCCAGCUCAUCGACUACCAUGCCGACCUGUUCCCUGAUGUCGCUGGGAGCGUACCGGAGCAGGAUGCAGCCCAGUGGCUGGCGGGCGGCGACAAGGCGCCAAUUCACGCUAGCGUCGACCCCGAGCGGCGCGCGGCUUGGGAGAAGACCGUGGAGGAGGGCAAGGCUAAAUGGGCGGCGGCGGCGGCGGCGGCGGCUGUAGCUGUGGCACCAGCUGCGACACCUACCCAGACAUCUGCGCCGGCUCCAGAGCCCGCUGCGGCGCCUCGCGCCCCGUCUCCAGCCAAGCCCCCCGUCCUCGCUGUCGCCGCCCCCGCUCCUACUGCGCGCCCUGUUUCCCCACCCAAAUCCACCCAAGCCGCGAAACACACCAGCCCCCAGCCCGGCCUGCCACCCCUCAAAGGCGACGAGGACUAUACUUCGACGUCGUACAAGGUGCGCCUCAUUGGCGACAAGCUCGCCGCGCUCCACAAGAGCCACACCGGCACUGGACCGCUCAUGGUCGGCCUACAGGGUCCGCAGGGAUGCGGUAAGACGACACUGUGCGACGCCCUCGUGGUGGCGCUGGAGGGCAAGGGCUUGAGCGUGGCAGUGCUCUCGCUCGAUGACCUGUACCGUACCCAUGAGGGGCUGAAGAAGCUGGCGGCCGAACACCCUAACAACGCGCUGCUCGCGGGCCGCGGGCCACCGGGAACCCAUGAUGUCGAGUUGGCAACCCGCGUACUGAAGGAGGUACAGGACAUCAAUCCACGUGGCCACAUCGAGAUGCCUGUCUUCGACAAGUCGCUUUGUGGCGGACAAGGUGACCGCUCAGCCCAGAUGGUCGGCGUCGACGGGCCGCUGGACAUCUUUGUCCUCGAAGGCUGGAGCUUCGGCUUCGGUGCCCUCUCCUCUUCUGCUCUAGAUGCCCGCCUGGCCGCCAAGGACGGCAAGUACUUCCCGAAGUACGGGGCCUCUGAGCUCAGGGAGCUCAACGACUAUCUCCGCGCAUUCGGAGAGGCCGUGUAUCCCUUCUUCGAGGCGGUCGUGCAGAUCGAGCCGGACAGCUACGAGCACGUCUUCCGGUGGCGCCUUCAGCAGGAACACGAGAUGAAGGCUAAGAAGGGGGAGGGGAUGAGCGAUGAGGCGGUGCAUGCGUUCGUGGAGCGGUAUAUGCCUAGCUAUGAGCUGUGGGCUGGCGGCGUGCUGGAUUCGAACUCGCCGUGGGCUGGUAAAGUGCUGCGCCUUCGGUACGGGAAGGAUAGGGAGGUGACUGGAGUGGAGGAGCCAAAGCCCGUGCAGAAGGACAAGCCCACGCCCACCGCCAGUGCUCCGAUGCCCGCGCCCGUCGCGAGGACGGCCGCGUCCCUUGCCGUAGCCGCCUCUUCACCGACCGCGUCGGCGUACGCGACGGCCCAGUCGAGCCCGAAACCGCCCUCCCCCGCACCCCAGAAGGCUCCCUCUGCUGCUCCCAAGACGGCCUCCUCUCCUCCCAAGGCGCCGUCUCCCAAGCCUGUACCAGCCGCCAAGUCCGCCUCUCCCCCUGCCCCUGCCAUCCAAGCAGCCGCGCACAAGCCAUACAACCCCGGUUGGUCGCGCAAGUACCUGGCCGGCAAAACCCCCCUCAUCCCGACCUACGACCAGAUCCCCACCCUCGCCACACUGCACCAGGACAGUCAGAUCCUGCGCAUCUCCCAAAACCUCGCCUUCUUCCCGGUCCAGGGUCCCGGUGGACGCCUCCUCGUCCACCCGCUGUCCAAGAAGGGCCGCCUUCCCGUUGGUGGUGUGGGCUUCGUCACAGGCGGUGUGGCGCUGGCAGACUUCGCCGCGGACCCAUUCAGUGACCGCGUAGUCUGUGCUGGCGAAGACGGCGUCCUGCGGACGUGGGACCUCCCCUCUGAUGGGGUUGAGGGUGCGGGGCCCGAGCCAACCCUUGUUAGGGGGGUUGGGGUGGAGAGAAUCGCCCACGUCGCGUUCCAUCCGACUGCACGCGACCUCUUAAUUGUCGCAAGUAACGAGCAUGGAUCUUCGCACCUGCGUUUCUUCGAUCUCUCCUCGGGUAAGGAGGACAAGGUCGUUUCCCUCCCAGCGCCGGUGACGGGCUUCGCCGUCUCGGAUUGCGGACAGCGCGUCGCCCUGCCCACCAAGGACGGGCGGAUUCUGGUAUGGGACCGCGACGGCAAGUUUGUCGAAGGCAAGGCGCACGAUUCUCCACGGGCAGCCCAGGUCGCCUGGGCUGGUGAUCACCUCGUAUCUCUCGGUUUUGGGCGCGGAUCCAUUCGCCAACUACAUGUCUACUCUGUCGGUGGGAAAGUGGAGCGCAUCGCCGCGCUCUCGCUUGACGUCUCGCCCUCCGUACUAUUCCCCGUGUAUGAUGCCGACACGAACAUUCUCUUCGCAUGGGGCAAGGGACAGCAGAACAUCCUCGCUUUCCUCAUCAACCCUCUUGGCGAGGUGAUCGACAAACUCCCCUCCUUUACGGCCGGCUCUCCUCAACUGGGAGUGGCCUUCUUCCCCAAAUCGUCGCUAGACAUAACCAAAGUCGAAGUGGCAAAAUGUCUGCGCCUGACCUCUCGUUCAGUCGAGCAAGUGACAUUCUCUGUGCCCCGCAACAGGCCCCAAUUCUUCCAGGACGACAUUUACGUUCCCACCCGCGAUACCAAGCCCACCAUUUCUGCGGCUGAGUGGCUGGCAGGUACUCCGGGUCUGCCAAAGUACAUUAGCCUGCGUCCGGGGGGAAUGGAGCUGCUGUCUGAAGCGCCGGCGCAGAACACGGUGAGAAAAAAGUUCGUGCCCGCCGCUGCGAUCAUGAGUGAAGAACAACGUAAACAAAAGGCAAUGGACGACCUGUUCGCAAAGGCCAAGGACGACUCGGACUCGGACGACGAGCCACAGCGCCGCGGAGGUAUUCCGCCCCCUGAUGAUGACUGGUAA